GUCCAUUGCUAAGGCCAUUGUUAAAAGCACAGCCCCGACCGCUUCCAAACCACAGCACAAGCCGAGUUGUCCUAGUUCGGCAGUGGUGAUUUGUCACCACUGAACUUAAAUGUAGAGUAUUUCACCUCUUACCGCAGUAUAAACCGGAAACAUCAUAGCCAUCUCAAGCAACUGGUAACCACAGAUAUAAGACCAAAGAUACUACCUUAUCCAUCACCCUCACACACUUUAGUUUCCCUCCUCAUCCAUCUAACAGCACUUCAUGAGAAUAGCUCUCUUCCGCCUUUUGCGCUCUAUUUCCUCCCUCAAGCAUCCCAGAGCUUUCCAUCCACCUCCCCGAGUUGCUACCAAGCGACAAUCGAUGUCAUUCCUCAGCGCCUUAUUUGGCUCCUCUGCUACCAACAACACCAACAGCAACAAAAUGACAUCCUAUCCCGACCAGCGCAGCCCGGAGGAGUGGCGCGCCGUUCUCAGCCCAGAACAAUUCCGGAUCCUCCGCGAAAAGGGGACCGAAAGGCCCGGGACCGGGGAGUACGACAAGCACUACCCUUCGUCAGGCGUGUACAGGUGCGCGGGUUGCUCGGCGCCGCUGUACAAGGCCAGCCACAAGUUCUCGUCGGGUUGCGGGUGGCCGGCCUAUUUCGACAGCAUCCCCGGGGCUGUGGUGCGGCACGAGGACCGGACCUUUGGCAUGGUCCGCACCGAGAUUGUGUGCGCCAACUGCGGCGGCCACCUGGGCCACGUCUUCAAGGGGGAAGGGUACCCCACGCCCACCGACGAGCGCCAUUGUGUGAACAGCAUCUCGCUGAAAUUCUCGCCCGAGGACGGGGACGGACAGGCGGAGGGAUCGAGGAAGGCCGCUGAGCAGGGUAAGGACGGGAGUAAAGUAUGAGCGCGUGAGGCGGGGUCAGGUGAGUCGGCGGCCACGAAGUGAGGGAAUGCGGGCAUCUUAUGUAGAGGUUGGAGAGGAGCGAGGACUCUAUUGUUCCAAUAUCUGCCAGUAUACAAUACAUACUGAUCGAGGGCAGACAACGUAGCCAACUAAAAGGAGCUUGCAGUGUCAGAAACUCCAAGAGCCGCCCGUCACCCAGCCCCAUCGCAUCUUCUGUCAGUAACGGGCAUAGAAAGUCUUGGAAUAGAUUUUAUCUUCCUG